AUGGCGACGGAUACUACUUCAUCGCCAACCGGGAGCGCUAUGAUCGCCAAGAAUGCUCGCCGGGGACGGCGCGUGAAGCCGUGGCCGCCCGCCAAGCAGAGGAAGCUGCUCCGGCUCUAUGUCUGCACCCAGAGCGAACGCCUGCCGCUCGUCCGUAUUCUCGAGCGGCUCAGAGAUGGCUCCUUUGAUCCCAGACAGCGCAACACGCACAAGCACCUCAAGGGCCUGCUUCCCGAUCGCCGCAUCGAUGACUGGAGGCCCCGCGACCUGGCCACCAUGCUCGUCCGCGUCCGCUUCUUGAGGUCCGUACGGGCCGAGCGGCGCAUGCGGAGCAGGAUGGCCCGCAACAGAGAACACAGCCCGUCGCUCAAUAUCAUGGACGCCGAGACGCUGGGCGAUCUCAUGUCCCUAGACCACCAUCCCGCCUACUUCCCCGUGACGGCCACCAGCAUCAAACAGGAGCCCGAUGUGCAGACGCCGCCCACAGCCACCGUCAUGUCCGAAUCCACAACCACCCCCGAGUCCUACGCCCGACCCAAGUCUCCCAGCAGGUCUUCAAUGUCUCCCUCGGUCAAGUCGGCAUUCAAGCGUAGGUCGUGGGCUUCUGUGCUGUCGAGCAUCUCCUCGGGCAUCUCGAGCCUGGCGCGAUCGUCGUCCUCGGCCUCGUCCAAGGGCGCCAACACGAACCUCGACGGGUCGGACGUCAACAUCGCGCUCAGCAAGAUGACUCGCGAGGAGUUUCUGGCACUGCUCGAAGAGAAGCCCGACAAGAACGACAAGACGCGGAGGGCCGGGAAGGCCUCCCACGGUCUCUUUCGCCCCAAGUACACCAGCUCCAACCCCACCGACGAGGACCUGAAUGCCGCCCUGGUCAGGAUGUGCUGCUCCUCGUUUGUCGGCUCUUCCUCGCCAUCCUGUGUCCACGGGCGGCUGUCGAGGGCAAUCAACGCCCAGCGGUCAGAAGGCGCUUCAUUCCGCGACUUCACCGUCACCGAUUCCGAGGCCAACAUGAUCGACCGCUUCGGCAACUCGCUGCUUCACGUCGCCGCCCGUUGGGGCGCCCGGGUCUCUCUUCUCUUGCUAAUUCUCCGGCACACGGAUGACGUCCAGAUAGUCAACAACCGCGGUGAGACCUUCCUUCACGUGUAUGACCCGCCAGGCCAUCCGCACCUGAGGCCCGUCUCGUUUCUCAACCUGGUACGGUGCCUGCGGGCUCGGGGCUUCGACUUUUGUCAGCGCGACGUCGAGAAGCAGACCUUUUUGCACCACCUCGUGGCGAGGAAGGAGUUCCCGGUUGAGGCGCUGCAUUACGUCUUCCGCGAAGUCGGCUACGGCACAGCCCGGUUUCUCGUCGUUCACAAGUCCUCCAAUGGCGAGCGGGUGUGGCACUGCGUCCGCAAGAACCUCGAGCAGCAAUCGCCGAAACUUCAUCGUGUCUUUGGCGACGAGGCCGAGUUUGUCCGGCGCUACCUCCCCGAAUUCUCAGACUCCAAGCCUCCUUCCACGAGGGAUAUGUCGACUCCUGCCUCCGAGAGGUCGUCCCUGGUUCUUGGUUCCCAGCAUGGCCACACGAGCCACAGCGACAGCAACGCCAUCUCCCUGAAGCGGACGCCAUUGAUGAAGUUGUUCAACAGGAUCGCGUCUGGUAGAGACUCGCUGGACAGGGAUUUCGAGAACACGAUCGAGAACACGCUCAAGGCCUCUGCGAGAUCUCCGAACCGCGAUCGUGACGCGAACCUGAAUGCGCGUGACACGGAAGGAAACACGGCACUGCACUAUGCCGCCGAGUUUGGCAUCGUGGCCGCCGUCAAGUACCUCUGCGCCCACGGGGUCGAUGUCAACGUGUUCAACAACUGCGGGAACACGCCGCUGCAGCUCGUCAAGUACGCCAUCCAACGCACCGACGUCAGGUCCGAUAUCCACAUGGAAGCACGCUAUCUCCGGUGCGCGGUCCUCCUGCUGGAGAAAGGUGCCUUUGACCAGAGCAAGCUCGUCAGCGACAGGUCCAUCAUCUACCCCUACGACGUGUUUGACGGCAGCGAGAGGUCGAUCGGCAACCUGGCAAAGCAGGGUGUGGCAAACCCAUGCAAGGGGCUGCAUCUCCUGUCGUCCUCGAUACGGCACCAGCAUCACGGCCCAUCGUCGAGCAGGGGUCAACAUGACCAUUCUGGAGGCAACUAUCUGUCCUUGGGAUUCCAAACGUCUUUUUUCUAA